UAUCAGUGACGAUGCAUUCAUGCAUAAUCACGCAUAACAAUUAUACUUUCUGAAACAUACGUCGUGCGAGUCUAAAGCAACAUCAUCUCUCGGCAACAAGAUUCUUCUACUUCUGAUUAGGUAUCUUUGCUACAAAUCAAGCACAAAGACGAAGACAUAAACUACUAAAACACAGUGCACUAAGGAAGGAGCCAUCAGUUCACUGGCGAGGACCAUUUCAUCAUUUCCUGUCAUUUAUAAAACAUGGCAAUCAAUGUUACAACGAGAGAACAAAUUCUAGCCAUGGAGAUAUCCAGCCGAGAACUUCCCCUGAAGGCAGCCGAAUGUUCUCUUUAUGCAGUUCUCAUCAUUGUGGCUUUCUUUGGAAACUUUAUGGUUUUUUCGGCAAUCCUAAGGAACUCUAAACUACGAACAGUGCCCAACUAUUACAUUGCUUCACUCUCGAUCGCAGACAUGCUCAUGUCACUGAUAAUGCCGCUGACUUUGGUCACGCUGAUCGCGGACGAUUGGUUAUUGGGGGAGGUCCUCUGUCAGUGUCAAGGCUAUGCUGGCUCGGUACUAGGCGUCGCGUCACUGCUGACAAUCACACUCACAGCUGUGAACCGAUAUGUUAGAAUGGUACGCGUGGUCGAUUAUCCGAAAUACUUCAGCUCCAAGAACGCCUUACGAAGUAUUGUUGCAGCGUGGAUAGUGGCUAUUAUAACGCCUAUCCCUUACCUCGCAACUGGACAUCGUUUCGCAUUUCUUCCCGGAAAAGCGUUUUGUUUUUAUGAUGUGGACAGCCUUAACAUUUAUUACGCUGUCACGACUAUAGUCGGCUUCUCGGUGCUUCCAUUUGGAGUGACCGUAUUAUGCUAUUACAAGGUUUUCCGCACAGUAAGACUGCAUAAUAGCACAUGGACAAAACUGCUGACAAGAAUGAGUGCUCCGGGAGCUAGAAAGUUCGGCGUGGAUGAGGUGAAACUGGCCAAACUUCUUUUUGUCAUUCUGCUGAGUUUCGCCGCCUGUUGGAUGCCAUUUGUAGUCAUAGAUACCGUAGGAGCUUUCAAAGGACAAUUCUAUUUUCCGAGAUACGUUUAUCUGAUUUACACCGCGUCUGUAGGACUAUCGUCCUGUGUUAACCCCGUCAUAUACGGUGCCAUGAACCAGGAAUUCCGAUCAGAAUUUAAGAGGAUAUUAACAAUUAGCUGUUGUAAGAUUUCGCUUCCAAAGAAAAACGCUAAGGCUAAAUAUGUCGUCGAUAUAAAGGCGGACAGGGGUUUGCAAGUAUAACUUACCGUAGUUACACGUUGAAAGUGAAUAAGGAAAGAACAUGAACAAAAGGAGGAAACUGACUGGUUUUUGCCUUAAGCCCUAAAACAUAUUUCCCCUACAAACUUCCAUUGCUAAAAACCAGUAUAACUUUUUUGUUCUAGCUGUACGUUAUGUCCAUAAUUUGUUAUUUGGAGCCGGGUCAGACCCAAGAGUAAUAGUAUACAUUUGCUAAGAAGAGCAA